AUGGAGUUCAAUUAUCGAGCAAUUGGUGAACAAUCUUCCCCUUACAGUCACUUCUCAGAACAAGCCUUCCGAGCUGGAUAUUUGGGAGCGCCCGGCGACGAUUUUCGGAAGCAAAGAGAAUUGCGUGAAGCGAUUCUGAUAGAGAUAGAGAAAGAGAGGAUCAGACAAGAGAUAAUCACUAUAGAGAUAGCUAGAAAACGCGCGUUGCAAGAGGAAUUGAGGAGAGGGCAAAAUGGCGGUGGAAAGAGAUCAAUUGGCUUUGCAAAUCAUUCGCACGAAUCACCGGCGGAGGAGAGAAUCGGAAUGUCAGUGGAGAAGUGGUUGGGGAUUAGGGCGGCAACCAAGCAAGAAACGGCACCGUUUCGUUACAAGUACUAUUGA